CAUCGCAGGCUAUUCUCCGCACGUGUUUCGAAGAAUCUGGUGUCACGUGCGAGAUGAGCCCCUCGACCCGACCGACGAUUGCAGGUGGAUUGCAGCCGACGCCCAUUCCCGCCAUCUCCUCGCCUGCUCCGCCCCGCGCUAAUCGCACCGCCUCCGUCGCGCCUCCACCUGAAACUUCUGCCUCGCCGAUUACCUCAGCGAGAAAAAUUCCUCCUUUUUUUUUUUGACUUCAUCUCUUCAAAAAAUCAUCUUUCCCCCUAGAUUAACCGAUCAAAAUCCGAUCUUUAUGCAGUUUGCAACACGAACUCGAGCAAUACUGUGAUCCAGAUCUUCGACGCCACCUUUUCGCCCUCUUCUACUCCUCCGCCGCCUCCGAACGCCGACCUGGCCCCUCCGCCGCUGGAUGUAGCAGUGACCCCAACCACAGGCGGAGAAGGAAGGUCUACGGCCAGGCCUCAAUCACUAUCGGAAAUGGCUGCGGCUGCCUCUGCUCUCCCCGGAGCUUUUGUAGACUUUGCCAAGCGGUAAAAAUGGGCUAACUGCGCCCGAGCCAUUUCCGGCUCAAUUGAACCAUUCUGACACUUCUAAUCAAGACGACGAACCAAACUGGUCGGGCCAGACCCGAUUCGACCAUUCCGGCUCACAACCUAACGCUAAUCAGCCCCCCACCGUCGUCCAUAAACCCCGAACGCUAAGCCACUCGUUCCGACCUGGAAGAGGAAUCUCGUAAAUGGCGUGCAAGGCUGUGGCGAUCUGGUCGAUGCUGCUCUCGGAGCGGCCACGGCGCCUCUCCCACAGAACUGUUCUGGCUUCCUCUCCUCCGCUCCUUUGGCGCCGAGGUAAGGCUUGGUUUGGAGGCACCCAGAUUCGGUGCUCUCACGGUGUCGCCCCAUCGGCCGCCUCCCCUCAGGACGAGCAGGGCCCGCCCCAGGAGGCCGUCCUUAAGGCCAUCUCGGUAUCAAAAGCUGAGGGAAGGGUUACACAGACAACCAACCUUGUUAUUGGUGGUACAGUGGUUAAUGAUUCUACUGAUGAAUGGCUUGUUUUAGAUAAGAAGGUUAAUUCAUAUCCCAUGGUCAGACAUUUUACUGCAAUUGGAAUUGGGGGUGAUGAAUUUGUCCAAGCAAUGGUUGUUGCUGUUGAAUCUGUGAUCCAGGAAUCAAUUCCUAAGGGUAGCGUCACUCGGAAAGUAUCAUCGAGGGGCAAGUAUGUAUCAGUAAAUAUCGGACCUAUUCAUGUCGUCUCUAGUGAACAGGUUCAAGCUGUAUACAAUGCCAUGAAGAGCGACGAUAGGAUGAAGUAUUUCUUAUAAGCCAUAUGUUUCUGGCUCAUCUUGGAGUGGAUUAUCAAUGCCAAUUCGCAGGGUUCUCUUGAUGACCAUAUCGAUUCUUCCUGAUCGACUCGAGGCAACAAAAGCUCUGAAGCAGGUUUUCUGCCUCCUACUUAUCCAUUUUUUGAGCAAGUAGUGUGUUUCAUUAAAAUCUUUGCCAGAUGAGUUUGUUAGAAAAAUGUUAUCAGGUACAUGAUAAAUAAAUUAUAUGAUUAGUAUGUAUAAUAUUAAUCGAGCUCCAUGAUCACAUUUGUUAAAAAAAAAUGUAAUAGAGUUCAUGAUACAUUAUGUGUGUGAUCAGUAAUCCACAUGCUGAUAUUAAAAUACAGUCAAUUAUUGAAUUGAAAAGAUGAUAGUUUAUAAUUUAA